AUGAGCUAUCCGGAGCCACCAGCGAAGAAGCAGCGCAUGGAGCUGGCCACGGGGCAGUACGGCUCUGGCGCCAUCAGGACCUAUAACGGUGCCAAAGGCUUUGGCUUCAUCGCAGGUGAAGGCCUGACGGAGGAUGUGUUCUUCAUGCGUACCUCCCUGCCUGAUGGGUAUCGCGAGCUACAGGGAAAUGACCUGCAGGGUCGAUCUGUGAGCUUCGAAAUUGUGAAGACCUCUGACGGGAAGCUGCGUGCGCAGAACGUGAGCUUCGUUUGA